AUGGAGCUCCUUCCCAGUGACACCCCCCCCCCCGGCCAAUCCGUGCUUCUUCCCGGAAUCCACCAUCCCUAUCAACCAUGCCAGACCAAACUGCAACCUGACCUUGACCAGGAAGGAGCCUAUUGUCCCAAGCUCACUGACCUGACCAUUACCCACUUAGCUAUAGUCCAUAUAAUGAUACUUCUCAUCAUGAGGUUCUUGUCUACAGACAUUUUGACAUGGGAUGUCCAAAGUGACUUCAAAUGUGGAGUGAUUGUCUUCCUUAAGGUACUGAGGGGACUCUCUACUUGUACCUGCCUCUUAAGUGUGCUUCAGGUCAUCACCAUCAGCCCCAGUCCUGAACAUAUCCAUCUAAGCUCCCCAGGAAAAUGGGCUAUUCAGACAAUUAUGCUGCUGAUUAGUUGUUUUGUGAUCAUAUAUUGUAUGGAUUUCAUUUCAUUUUCCAUGGGCAAGACAUGGACAAAUGACCCAAUCUUGUUAUGUAUAUCCAGAUGUCAUGGCCAAUGGUCAUGA